AUGAUGCAUGCAUGUUCCCUUGUAUUUGUCUUUCAUCUGCUCUCCAUUUCUGCGGCUAUGGAGAGCGGCAUCGUGGGUGGUAGGGUUGCAAAGCCUCAUUCUAGACCCUACAUGGCAUCACUGCAGGUCGGUGGAAACCAUACAUGUGGUGGGAUACUUAUUCGGGAGGACUUCGUCCUAACUGCAGCACACUGUAAACCGGGUGUCAGACCUCAGCAAUUGACGGUGGUACUUGGAGCACAUGACAUAACCAAGAAAGAGAAAAGUCAGCAAAGGAUUCAAGUGAAGUACCAUCCACAUCCGAAAUACAAUGGACAAUACGAUUAUGACAUCAUGCUACUUGAGUUAAAAAAGAAUGCCACACUUAAUAAGUAUGUGAAGCCCAUUGGACUACCUAAGAAAGAUGGGAAAAUUCCAGCCAACAUCCAGUGUGCUGUUGCAGGCUGGGGCCUAACUGGAGACACAAGACAUCGAUCACCUGUUCUGAGGGAGGCCACGGAGAAGUUGCAAUUCAGCUUUGAGUGCAAAAAUAUAUGGAGAGAAUACUUCAGUGCUGAUCACAUGAUAUGCACCACAUUUACCAAAAAGAAGGGAGGGGUUUGCCAGGGUGAUUCUGGUGGACCACUUAUCUGCAAUACCAAGCCACACGGAAUAACAGCUUUCACCUUCAGAGAUGAUUGUAAUAAUCCCAAGUAUCCUCAUGUCUUCACGAAAGUCCACGCCUUUCUACCGUGGAUUAAGAAAGUGAUGCAGGGAUUGGGGGAUUCUGAAUGAGCCAGAGCUGCUAUUCAGAGGCU